CCGGGGCUGCUGCUGCUGCUCGUCCGGCUGGCGCUGCCCGGAGCGGCCGCGGGCAGCGGGGAGGCGCCGCCAGCAGAUAAAAACUGCAGCUUAUUGCAAGAAAUGGAUGUCAUCCAGAAGCAGGAUGAAAACUGUUACUGCUAUGUGCAGAACAGAACCAUUCACUUACAGUACCUGUGGUCAACUAUCCAGAUAAAAGUUAACAGCAGAGAAAGGUUCCGGUUUGAGCCUAUUUCAGAAAAAAACAACUGCCGGAAUUCAGAAACUGUUUUUGAGUUUGUUGCAUGUGCUGUUCAAAUCCUCUGGAAGCCAGAGACAUGUACAGAAACUUUUCUGAGCAUAAAACAAUAUGGAGAGGACGUUUGUUUCAAAAUACAACCCUUCAAAAUUGAACCAUACGUUGUGAGGGUGAAAAGAGAAAUGCUAGAUGGAAAGCUCUUGUUUUUGUUUGUAGCUGGAAUUUUUCUGUUCCAUUUUGCAAACAGCCUGAGCAGGAGUGCCAAGUUCUUUUACCUUUCUGGAGUAAUACUGGGUGUUCUUGCUCUGCUAGUCUUUGUCCUGUUGACACUUAAAAGGUUUAUUCCAAGGCACAGUACCUUCUGGAUUUUAAUGAGUGGCUCCUGGAUGGUCUCUCUCUAUUUUAUUUACUGCCUCAAAGAGAAUAUACAGUGGUUGUGGUCUGAACACAAAAUCUACCUGUUGGGCUAUUUUCUGGCUGUGGGGAUUACCAGCUUUGCCAUUAGCUAUCAGCAUGGGCCGCUGACCACAGAGCUCAGCAUAACCUUGUUCACAUGGACACUCCAAUUAACAGCCUUUGUCCUCAUCUACUUUGGAGUCACCAUCCCUCAAGUUGCGUAUGCAGUCAUAGCAGUCAGCCUCUGCUCCAAAGGCCUCUGUUACCCCCUGGGUGCUGCCUGUCACAUUGCCAGAAAAAUGAAGCAUCACUUUAAAUCAAAAAAAUUGGUGUUUAAAUACCUUACUGAAGAGGAGUAUCGAGAACAAGGUGAAAGUGAAACGAUCAGAGCUCUGGAGGAGCUGCGCUCGUUCUGCAGGAGCCCUGACUUCCCAUCAUGGAUAGCUGUAUCCAAACUCCAGGCUCCACACAGGUUUGCAGCUUUUGUUCUGGGAUCUCCCCACGUCUCAGCUGCAGAGACAAAGGCGCAUGAUAAGCAGUAUGGCAUUGGGAGCUUCUUCCUGGAAGAGCAGCUCUUUGAGACAAGGGCACAGUUUGAGCAAGAUGAGCCAGCCAAUUCUGUCCAUGAAGAAGAAGAUGAGGAGAAUGAAAAUGAAAUGCAUUCACAAAUUCCAUUUCCAUAUGCUACUGAGCUGCUCUGAGCUUUGAGAAAUAGCAACAACGAGACAGAAAACACACUUCUCCUAGAAAAAGAGGAUACAGAAUGAGAACUCACACUUGGCCUUUUCUUGUGGUUGCUGGUGGACAAAAAAGGAUCUUUUAAAAAAAACUCUUUCCUGUAUCACCAAUGUCACCUGAUUACCAUAGAGGCUGUUCAAGUGAAGAGGAAUCUCAUGCUAUGGGUAUUUUCACUAGGGAAACAAACAUUGUGUAUUUCCAAGGCAAGUACUGGAGACAGCCUGUCCACCAGGAUGCCUUCUUUUACAAAGAACACUACCUCUAGUAAACAGAGAAUCUGUUUUGGCCCUUUCCAUCAAGUCCUCUGUGCUGAGCACUAGAGGGAGGAAAAGCCAUUUUUAAUACUCUCCUUUUUAUUCAGUACCCUCUGUGUCAAGACUUCUGAUAAUGCUUUUAGAGUGUCGAUAAACUGUGUUUGUUGUUUGUCAGACUUUUAUAGAGAGUUGAUGCAGCUGAACGAGGUUUGUUUCCCCUUCUGGCUGGGCUGGUCUGUUAGCUUCAUCCUGCCUCUGCCUUUAGUUUUGAGCUCCCCUUGCUGCUCAGAAUUCUGCCUGACUUUUCACCCUCUGCCCGUAUUAUUCCAUUCUUGACCUCUGCUGUGGUUACACUGCAUUUUGUUCUUUCUAAGUCUUUGUUUACUUACAUACUUUCUUCCCUCUUGUACAGAUCUUCUGCUAACCUUUCUCUAGCUCUCUACUUCUCCAGUUCUGACAGUGGUUUGGGAGAGGUUUUCCAUCCCUAAACAUUUUUGCUAUUGCCUUCAGUUUCAGUGUCAGCUUACCUCAGGCAGGUGCUGCUGUCCAUUCCAGGCCUCUGCAGAGCUCCAAAAAGGCUACAAAGGCUGAAGCUGUUUCAGCUGCUG